AUGCCCAAGUUUUCAAACUCCGGGUACUCCCUGGUUGGCCAGCAGUGGCAGCGAGAUGCGGCCGACGUAGCGGUGACAGAGACGACCCAGGUCGUAGGCAGCGUCACCCGCCCGUGGCACUACAGCUUGUGUGUGACCUGCACCGAGAUGAAUUCGUGCCUCGAGUGCUACUUCUGUACGGUCUGCCAGCUGAGCCGCCAGUUCAACAUGUUCUAUAACAACACGCCGGAGCUACACCUUCCUGUCUGCGUCGCAGUGACAGCGCUGAACGUAGGCGGUGUCCCCUCUGUCUUUGUGCUCGAGUAUAUCAUACGUGCAGACAUUCGUCGUCGCUACGGCAUUGAGGGCAACUGCGUGAAAGAUUGCUGCGUGUCGUGGCUGUGCGGGCCGUGCGCGGUGCAGCAGCAGUUCCUGGAGAUGACGUCUCUCGGCCUGUGUCCCGGCAUGAGCAUGUGCGGCCUCACCCCUGUAGUGCCAGAGUCGCCAAUGAUGCUCUAG